UCCGGAGUCUCAGUUGGCAUCACGGCUGCAAACCUCCACACUGUAUCACGCCCUGAGUGGAAUGGAAGAACAGGACAAGAAAGAAAAUGGGGAGUACAGCGGAGAGAUAAAGGGAGGCAUGCGGCCUUCAAUGAAGCUGGUCGUUAUGGGAAUUAUUAACAGUAAACCCAAGAGCAUGGAGGUGGUUCUGUCCUGCGCUCCUCAGGAGGAAGAGGAGGAGGCAGAUGUGGGUCUCCAGCUGAAGGUGAGCUUCACGGAGAAGGCGGUGCAGAGAAACGCUCGUGUGGCCGGGAAGUGGGGACGGCCUGAAACUACACUUUCAUACUUUCCCUUUGCAGCCGGAGAAUCCUUCAAGAUGGAGAUUGUGUGUGAGCACCAGCAGUUUCGUAUUUUAAUAGACGGCCAGCCUCUGUGUGGUUUCACCCACCGUGCCCUCCCGCUCGCCUCCCUCACCGCCUUACACGUCUCCGGAGACCUGCAGCUCACCAAGGUGGCCUAGCACCAACGAAGAAGAAUGAGGACAGCAAACAUACAUUUAGCGACUUUUUGAAGUGAAAAAUUAGCCCUUUAUGGGAAAAACAAAGUGACACCUGCCUCGUAAUCACGUGUAAAAGUGCCUUCACUAGAUUACCUGUUAGGGACUUAACGACUGAAUGUCUUAAAACAAACUAAGGAAUGUGAUUCGUGCUCUAAGAUGAAAUAUUUCCCCCUUUCCUGAUGUGCAAACAUGAUGUGUCACUGCAUAAAAAACAUAAAGUACUUAAAAAGGAUUAGGGACACGUACAUUUUUCAAAAGAUAUGACCAAAAGGGAUUUUUUUAUUUUUUUGAGUUCAGAAAUUACAGUCAAAA